AAGCUGUCUUUUGACACUUGAAUUGUGUUAUUGUUUUGAUAGAAAUAAACACGUUUUCAAAAAAGUGGAAAUUUACUUUACAAGCAAGGAAAUAUCGUAGCAAUAAAAAAACGCACAAACUUUUUGUAUUAACUUGAGAUUGGUGGCAAUGAGUACUCAACGAGGUAACGCCUGUCGUACGCGUUCACAAAAACAUAAAAAUCGUACUGUUUUCAAAAAUGAUUUGCAUGAUAAGACUCCUCUACAAAAACGACUUAAUUCGCUGCAUGUAAGCGAAGUCUGCCAACAUUGCAAGGACGUAAUAGAAUGGAAAAUUAAAUAUAAAAAGUACAAGGCACUUAGUCAACCCAAAAUAUGCACUAAAUGCCAACAGCGCAACGUACGUAAAGCAUAUCAUGUCUUGUGCAAAGACUGCGCUUUACAGGCGCGAGUUUGUGCCAAGUGUUUGAAAAGUGCAGAGGAUGUCGAAAUUGAACUACCUGUACCAUCGCCACAAGAACAAGUUAAACUAAAAGCGGAAAUGGAAAAAUUAAUAAAAUCAUUUCCUGAACGUAAGAGAAGGUCCUUUUUGCGUUAUAUGGAGAAGGGCAAAAAACAAGCGGACGAAACUAAUGGUGCAUCAAUAAUUGAAGCAAAGGAAAAGAUUCUUAAUAUGCCGCAUUCAAGAGAUGAACUAUUGCAAAAAAUCGAACAAAUGAAAUUGGAGACCAUCAAUGAAGAUGAUGAUGAUGAUGAUGACGACGACUUUGUUACUGAUAACGAAAGUUCCAGUAGCGAAUAUUAGAUGUUGAGCUUAAUUCCUUUAAUAGAAACUUUUUUACGCAUCUCUUCUACAAAGCUGCCUUCUUUACUAAUAUAUAAAGGGUAUUGAAAUAAUUAAAAAUACUAUGCUAAUCACAUACAUAGUGAUAAAGAAGAUAUCGAUUGUUUUUCAAGUAAAACGGAAGUAAGAUCAUUUGAAAAUUUCUUGAGUAAACGCAGACAGCGUGAAGUCGUCAGACAUUUUUAGCUUUGUUCUUUUAAAGAACAAGCCCAAAUUAAGAGCAUAA